AUUGGUUGAAAUUUUUACGUUAUUUAUUAGCAAUAGCUGAAUCGGUUGCACAGUCAGCUGCAAUCUUUGAACCGGUUGAGGUGGUUGACUUUGACUGUGAUCUUUUCGUCUUUAGAGUUUUUUCACCUUUGAGACUCAAUGUCAAAUACACGAGUGUUGCAUCCUUUAGGACCAGAUAUACGGCUGUUACUUCGGAACGAGCUCAUCUUUGUUGCACUGGCUAUUUUUCUUUGUGCUGACGCAAUGGCUGAGCAACAUCAGUUGGGGUGCCCUUUGGGGUGUCCUCGAGCCGUCCAAACCCAAUUACAAGAAUCACAAAGUAUUUCGCGAAAAGAGGAAGGUCAAGCUACAACGCAGCCAUUGGAACAAAGUACUUCAGAGUCCCAGGAUUGUGCGGUUUUGUCCCUUUUCCAAUUGUUGCUGGCUCAAACUUGGCAAUUUCGUUCACACGACGACCGUAUCAGACCACAGAUCACACUACAGGAGAAUCAAUGGUCCAUGCAGCAAGAGUUGUUGGACGGCGAUUUCAAAGUGUGUCAAGGCGGAGAAGUCAAAGUGGUUCCGAACAAAUUGUACAGACAAGCAUCAGCACUUCAAGAGAUCUUCAAAGACAGAAUCAUAUCAAAAGUCAUACAGAAGAAGCUUUCCAGACAACAAGGAUCAGAGCCGCAAGUGUGGCAUGCAAGAGUCUUCAAACAGAUUUUGGAAAGUUCAAACGCAAUUCAACGCUCAGAGAUCCUAUUUUUGUUGCAGGACAUCCAAGAAGUUUCUCCAGAGAAUCAACCUUCAGGGGUACAAGAGUUGUAUCAGGAAUUUGUUGGCUCUUUACAGAGAGACUUCUUUCAUCAAGUUGAAAGAUCACAACCUCAAAAGUCCAUUUGGUCGUCUUUGAGACACACUCAAGAGUGCCCGAGAAAUGGACAGCAUCUGACGUUUAAGGGAAAGCGACUUCUCAGUUUGAAGCAAGAAGUAGUACUGCCGAAUACAGAAAAUCCGAUUACAGGCACUUUUUGUCCCGAGUUUCUGGUCGUCAGCGAAUGUCUUUCUUCUAAUGCGCAGACUUCAGGAGACCUUUGGACCUUUGGGUUACUGCUAUGGGAAUUUCUUCAUGGCCGAGUAAAGUAUCCCGAAGAUACUGAACUCACAAGACGAUUGUUGAGCAUUCUGCCCAUACUAUUAUCAUUGUACUGCAUUUUUGAAUGUGCGAAUUCUCCAGAGAGAAAAGGAAACCGUCACCGUCUGCCCUGUACACAACGGAGGCUAGAUCACAACGAUUUCUGCGAUAUCUCAGCGAUCAAUUUCACAGCGUUCCCAGGAAGUGAUUACUACUCUGACAUUACACGAGACAGUGAACUUUUUGUCAAUCCAACUGAGUUUGGUGUGACUUGUGCUCAGCACGUUGACUCUGCCUGCAGCCAGAAUGAGCUGCAGCAAUUUGUGCCCGUGUCAGUUUAACUGGCCGAUAGACACUCAGGGCUCCAAGAGAGACCCGACCAGCAGUGAAAAAGCUUGGCUUGAUUUCGCUGUACGCUUUCUGUCGAGAGAGGCGGUGGGUAAAGGCAGAGGGCAAGAAACUGUGUGGGGUGCGGCGUGCAAGCCCUUGUGGUGGGAUUCAGAAGUAGGGCUUGCUUGGAAAAAUCCAACCGCCAAUCCUAAAGACACUAAAGAGGUUUUGCUUCAGAAGUAUGAGGCUCUGGAGAGACACUUGAGGGGAGAAGGUCGGUUCCCACUGGAGCUGGAGGAGGAGGCCAGACUGUGGGGGGAAGGAAAGUACAAGGAGCUGUUCUUGUUGACCACACUGACCAGCUUACUGGGGAAAGUCACUGGUGUCCACACUGCCGUUUUGGACGCUGCUUCCAAGACUGAUGAAUUAAAGGCUGAAAUUAAUCAGUCCUUAUUGCAAGACAUUAAAACAUGCCUAGGUUCAACAUUGUCUGCUAUUGAGAACUUCAGUAGUAACAACUUUCGGAAAGGUUUGAAAAGAUCUCACAAAAGCCCAAGUGUGGGCAAAGAAAAUGAAGGGUCAGCUUCCAAACAUCCCAAAUUAAAUAAUUUAAGCAAAUAUUCCACAGAACCAGUGCCACCUAGUCUUGAAAAUAAUUUAAAGCCCGCUGAAAGUGCUUCUGUUACUCCAGCAUCAGUGGCUGUGAUUUCUACAUUUUGUAAAAAGCUAAUGGCAAAACAAAAGGCUCUGGAAAAAGUGAGAAAAAACUUGAACUCUCAAAAGAGCAAAGAAGUGUCAGCAUGUGAAGCAGUUCCACCUUCCCCCAGCAAUGCCCCUCCCCCUCCAUUUCCUCCUGUGGCUACAAAAGAAACAGUCCAGCCCCCCGUUGCUGUUCAGUCACCCCCUGUUUACAUUAACAUCUCCCAGGAAGAACUCAACUUGCUGCUGCAGGGACAGCCCCUUUCUUUGUUGAAGUCAGGUACUGAGGUUAAUAGCACACCUUGUGAGGUAUCCUCCUGUGAAGUAGCAACUUCCCUGAACUGUGGCAAUCUAAAAGUUCAAGGUUCACAGCCAUCCUCAGAAAUCACUCCUACUAGUCCUACCAAUACUGUCAAUAUUGACAGUUAUAGUCCUGCUGCUUUGGUUGAAACUUCAGGGUUAGGCAACAUCAGUUCUAACUCUGGUGAGCAAGUAAAUUUUGUGAGUGAAUUUGACCCAUCGCUAGAUUUCUUAGAUGAUCUGAACAACAGCUCUUGUAAUGGUCUUCUAACACCUUCAAAGAUUAAUUCCACCAAUGAGUACUCAUCAAGCACAAUUAGUUCUGAACCUAUUCCUUCUUGCUCAAACCUUUGUUUAGAAGACCUCUUUAACGAGCAAAGCAACAUGUUAUCAGGGACUCUCACAGGUAUUGCUGAUGCUGGUGACAAUACCUCUGUAGAUCUUCUCACAAAUAUUGGUUUUCCACCAGACCUUUGUGAACUCACAUCAGGUGCCAACAACUAUAGUUGCAGUGUGACGGCUGGUCCUAAAGAGGUGUGUGAUACGAGCAGGCUGUCCUCUGGUAGAACUAUUAGCAGCGAUUCUGUUCACAGUCAUAAAACCUCCGAUCAUGGUUAUGGUUCUGACGAGGGUGCUAUUGAUCUAAAUACCUUAUACAGUUCUGAGGAGCAAUCCAAACUUUGGGAGGAAGAUGGUUCUUACCUUUUAGACAGAUUUUUGACAGAUUUAGAUUUCUCAUAGGAGCCAGGGAGUUUAAUUGUUAGUUUAAUUAAUUAAAGGCAGUGUGCCUAACUUACCAAAAGUAUUUAAUCUCUAUGGUUAGUUUAAUUAUCCACCAUCAGGUAAUUUGUGUGUGCUUGGGACAAGGAUCCACAUGUAUAGCAUUGUUUUUUUAUAUCCAUUUUGGGGCAUCUUCUUGCUCCUUAACAUUUGACUUAAAAAAAAAGUCAUAUAUAUGUAGAAUAGAGCCUCUUGUGAGUGCAGGCUAAGGUAAGGAGACAUUUUCAGUAAAAGUAAAGACCUUCAAAAUCAAAUACUCCCUUUUUGUGCAUCAAGUUUAAGUUAAUAUAUGUCACUUUAAAAAAACCAACUGUUUGUACAAGAGUUUUUGAACUUUUGUUUUUAUCUACCAAAGGAUUUGACAGUGGGAACUUUAAUAGAAUUGUAUAAAAUCUACUAUCUCGUGAGUGAUUGAUGUUCUGGGCUCAGAUGAGUUUGUUGUACUUUCAUUAGAUUCCUAUAGUAAGUCAGGUAAAGAAACUUAUGAAUUUAUGUGUCACUGAAGUGUUAAAAUCUUGUGGAUAGUUUUCCCUCUGUUUUUGGAUUUUCUAUUGACUUUGCAUGACAUGUGGACCCUUUUCCCAGUUCCAAGCGCACAAUUAUACUCUGACUCUGUGUUCAGUGACUGGGGCAGCUUGCAGGCAGCAUGAUGUGGGGGCUUGGACUUUGUCUCUCCAGGCCGUUUGUUGGAGUUUGUACAUAGUAAAUAUUCAAAUGAAUGAUUUUUUCCUUGUUAUCACAUUCAUAUACCGUAGGUCUACCAAUGUAGCAUUUUAUCUUGUUAUGGCUUUCAUUUAUUUGUUAUAAUAAUAGAAAGUGUUUUCACUUUUCAUGUAAUCCAUAUUAUGUUUCAAAUAUUAUCAUGUAUGGCUCAGAUUUGAUUUUAAUUGGAUUUUGUCUCUGUGAGUGGCUCUGAGAAAACCCAUCCGAAAACAAGCUUUUUCGAAACUUAACAAUUUCGCAUUUUGAAAGACUUAGAAUUUUUCUUUGCCCUUUUGCACUUUAUUUGUAGCAAUUGGUUCUUUUUGUGAAAAAUUAUGCAGGUAUUGGUAUCCGGAAGUUUUGAGAAAAAUUUUUGAAACUUUUUACAGAUGAGGCCACAAGAGUUGUUUUCCGUCACUACUAUUUAAAUUCAUGAGCACACGAAAAUUCUCUUACACACUCUUACAUUCUCUUGUUAGUUAUAGUAGGGGGUUGUCUUGACAGUUUCUAAUUUUAGUUAGAUGUUUUUGAUGUAUGGUAUCAAAAUUAAUUUUUUUAGAAAGUUAAGAAAGGCAAGAAAGUUAUUUGGAACAGUAUUUUUCAAAAUUUCUUUAAUCAAAGAUGUAAAAUUAUCUAUCUUUCAAUGAUUGCGAAAAAAAUUGCCUCAUUCAGAUUAUAAAGAUAUAAUGUAUUAUUUAUAAAGUUUCACUCAGGUGCAUUUUUAACCUCGUGCAUCUUUCGAUGAGUUUUCUGGGAGCCCCUCACAUAUAAUAUGCGUCUAUUAUUAUUAUGUUGUCUCAUAGUGCCAUUAGUGUUGGCCACUGAGUGUAACUGCAUCAUUCCUAACAAAUAGAAUCUAGUUAAAUUUGAAAAAAAGGGCAAACGUUUCAGCAUUUUGCAUGGACAGAGCUACUCUCAUUUUUUGUAUUCGCUUAAAUAACUUUUGGCAGAGUAUGAAACUGUUUUAUUAGUAAAUAUUUUUGAAAAUUAUUAGCUGAUGUGAUCAUAUAAAUUAUAAACAUUGCAGUCUCUUAGAGAUGUUUUGCAAUUUUGCUUUUGAUAACAUAUACAGUGGAAUCCUGUUAUAAUGAGAGGGAAGAGACCGAUGCGAAAUGUGCUUUAUACCAGGAUUCUCGUUAUAAUAACUAUACUAUAAGGGAUCCAGUGGACUCCACUGUAUAAUGCCCUUUUCAAAGAGACUGAAAGUGAAUUCUUAAUUCCCUUCUCAAUGUUUUUGAUGAAUCAAUUCAGUGAUCACCUAAUAAUAAUAUAUUCUUAUAUAUAUAUAUGCCUUUUGCACCAGGCAGGACUUAACACAUAUAAGAGACAUGUUAUGAAAAUGUUUGUUUCCAGGGAGGAAUUGGUCAGUGGUAUUCUUGAGUUUUGACGAGAGAUUGCCACUUUGGCCUUUUCCUGAGUGGAAUACACGUGGUUCGUACUGUGGAAAAAUUUGGUGUUUAGUGUUUACCUUGUAGUGAUUUAUUGACUUUUAUUUUUCCUAAAUACAGUCUUCAAUUUUGAUUAGUCAGUCUGUGACUUCUAAACUUCCCCCAUGCAAAAAGAUAUAAAAAUAUAUUAUAGAUCCUGUAUGAGAGGAUACAAAAUCAUGUAACUCAUAAAAAUAUUCAUGGAUAAAAGGUGGGAAUGUUUUUGUUUUUUAAUAUGAAAAAGUAAUGAGAAAUGCUCCUUUGAAGUUGAAGAGAUAGUGUCUUUGAAAAAAGGUGUAGUUAGUAAAUCGCAGUAAAUGAAUAAGAUUAUUUAUAAAAUAAAGUGUGAGAAUAAAAUAGCUUUCAUCUUUUUGAUUGUAAUGACGUGAUUUAAUGAGUGAUUGUUUUGCUUUUUAUGAAAAUAAAGAGAUGAAAAAUA